AUGUCUCCUUGGAACGCUCCCCGCGCCAAACUAAGAUGCGUCCCCCAGGUCCAGCUCAAACUAUCCAUCCAGCGCCUCCGCACUCUCCAACAAAAAAAACACGCCCUCGCCAAAGCCUCCCGGCGGUCCAUCGCCGACCUGCUCGCCCAGGGGCGCGUGGAGACGUGUAGGUUGAGGGUGGAGGGGCUGAUACAGGAUGAUAUUGGGGUGGAGGUUUUGGAGGUUUUAGAACUUUACUGCGAGAAACUGCAAGCCCGCUUCAACAUGCUCGACGCUUCUACGCAAUACAGCGGCACCGAACCCGACGCUUCCAUAUCCGACGCCGUCUGCGCCAUCGUCUACGCCGCGCCGAGAACCGAAUUGAAAGAACUACAAGUCCUCCGCGAUAUCCUUAUGCACAAGUUCGGUCGCCCAUUCGCCCUCUCCCUCCUCCCCACCGAACCUCCCCCCGACACCGUCCCCGCGCGGCUCACCUCCAAACUCGCACUCUACCAACCCACCCCGGAACUCGUGGACCUGUAUCUAUGGGAAAUUGCGAAAGGGUACAAAGUCGAGUGGGUCCCGGAGAGCGUCGCCUCCGAGACUGCCGCUGCCGCUGCCGGCGAGGAAGAUGAAGAUGAAGAUGAAGGCGGCGAGGAAGAUGAAGAUGAAGAUGAAGGCGGCGAGGCAGAAGGCGAGGAUGGUGAAGAUGGGGAUAAGGGUGAAGGCAAAGAAGGGGGCAAAGAAGGGGGUGAGCAGAAGGAGUCGACAAAGGGGAAAGAAGCGGAAGGAGUGAAGGAGAAGAAGCUGUCCCCGGAAGAAGAGCUUGCGGCGAGGUUUGCUCAGCUCAAAAAGGUGUAA